AGUUAUCUCUACCUAGCAUAGAAAUCAUCUUUCCCUUUUUCGACAUUGUGGCCAUGGUACAUGCCCAAAUACCGAUGCCCUCGACCUAGAGAUAAUCCAGAAGAAAAAGAACUAUUAUACACAAAAAAGGUUAUACAUCUCAAAACCCCUUAGAUUCAACCUCUCUAAUUCGAAUCUACAGAUCAACAAGAGCGUGUAAUCUGGUCAAAUCCUGCGUUUAAAGAAGUGAAUCAUCAUCUCUAAGUAGUGGUUAUGGAAGUUAUGUCUUGUUCGAGCUCACAAGGCGCUGAACAAGUUGAAACUCAUGGUGGUCUUACAAUGGAUGAAAUGCUACUUGACGUUGAUGUUGAGGAUUCAACAGUUAAUGACUCGGCUUUAAAGCCUGAGCUGGAUGGUUUGAACGCAGAGAAGCAUAGUACCACCGAUGUAGUUAACGAAGAAACCGAAAAUCUUGGUGGUGAUAAUGUGGAAGGAGAGUCAUCAUCUCCUUCUGAGCCUAAAUGGCUGCAACAAGAUGAACCUGUAGCUUUGUGGGUGAAGUGGAGAGGGAAAUGGCAAGCUGGAAUCAGAUGCGCGAGAGCAGAUUGGCCAUUGACGACUUUAAGAGGGAAACCAACUCAUGAUAGAAAAAAGUACUAUGUGAUCUUUUUCCCACAUACAAAGAACUACUCAUGGGCAGAUAUGCAGCUCGUUAGGUCCAUCUAUGAGUUCCCUGAUCCUAUUGCAUACAAGUCGCACAAAGUUGGAGUUAAAAUGGUUAAAGAUUUAACUGUUGCUCGACGCAACAUUAUGAGGAAGCUUACCAUUGGAAUGCUCAAUAUAGUUGACCAGUUCCACUCAGAGGUUGUUGUUGAGUCAGGUAACGAUAUAAUAUUCUGGAAAGAGUUUGCAAUGGAGGCUUCAAGAAGCACAAGUUAUCAAGAUCUUGGAAGAAUGCUUGUGAAGCUUCAUAGUAUGAUAUUGCAACGAUACAUGGAUCCAAACUGGCUUGAAAACUCGUUUCCUUCAUGGGUACAGAGAUGUAAUGAUGCAAUGAACGCCGAGAGUGUUGAGCUGCUGAAAGAGGAAUUUGACAAUUGUAUCCAAUGGAACCAAGUCAAAUCCAUAUCUGAUCUUCAGAUGCAACUAAUGGUAUUAUCAGAAUGGAAAACAUGGAAGCAUGACGUUACAAAAUGGUUCUCGAUAUCUCGUCGUAGUGUUGCAGAAACAGCACAGGAGGACAGUAGCAAAAGCAUCUUCAACUCAGAUGUCCAGGCCAGCCAUAAAAGACCAAAACUAGAGAUUCGACGUGCUGAGACAACAAACACAUCAUCACAGAUGGAACCUGAUACUUCCCCACAAGACAACACAAAUGCUCCUGUGGCGGUGAUGAAAGAUGAAGAUGUGAUAAUGAACACACCAGUGAAUGGUACGGACCUGUGGGAUGGCAUUGUUGUAGAAGCGAGCGGUUCGCAGCUAGUGAAAACAAGAGAGACGAAUGAUUUGUCACUCACAGUUGUGAAGAAACCGUUUGGUUCUGGAAACAAGAGUCAGCAGUGCACAGCGUUCAUCGAAGCAAAAGGAAGACAGUGCGUGAGAUGGGCGAACGAAGGCGAUAUCUAUUGCUGUGUGCAUUUAGCUUCGCGUUUCGCCACCAAAGCUAUAAAGAACGAGGCGUCUCCUGCUGCUGCUGAAGCACCAAUGUGCGGAGGAGUUACCGUUCUCGGCACCAAAUGCAAACACAGAUCUCUACCUGGAAUGUUGUACUGCAAGAAACACCGUCCUCACACAGAGAUGGUGGUGAUGACACCUGAUAACAACUCCUCAUCUCAUCUUCUGGUUAAAAGAAAGGCUGCGGAGAUGAUAGAAGCAACUCAAUAUCAAGACGUAGUGGUGGUACCUCCUCCUUUUGUGCCCAAUGGAACCACCACUAGCUUCACUGAGAUGCUUGAGCAUUGCAACAAGGAGGAUAACUUAUGCGUCGGUUCUUGCUCAGAGAACAGCUACGUUCCUUGCAACGAGUUCGCGACGAAGCACACGCUAUACUGCGAGCAGCACCUCCCCAACUGGCUCAAGCGUGCGAGGAACGGAAAGAGCCGGAUCAUAUCGAAAGAAGUGUUUGUAGAUCUUCUAAGGAGCUGUUCAUCUCGCGAGGAGAAGCUGCCUCUGCAUCAAGCUUGUGAUGUUUUCUACAAGCUCUUCAAAAGUCUCUUGUCGUUAAGAAACUCUGUCCCGGUGGACCAACAGCUUGAGUGGGCGAUAUCAGAAGCUUCGAGAGACGCUGAUGCUGGAGUUGGGAGGUUCUUGAUGAAGCUAGUGUCUCACGAAAAGGAGAGAUUAGCUAGGAUAUGGGGUUUCAACGCUUAUGGAGAAGAAGAUGCAUCAGAGUCUCCUCUUGCCAUCACCAAUGGUAAAGGAGAAGAGACGAGAGACGAAGAGAAAUGGUCGUUCGUUGGAUUCGCUUGCGCUAUUUGUUUAGAUUCUUUUGUGAAGCCAAAGCUUCUGGAAGCUCACGUGGAGGAGAGACAUCACGUGCAGUUCGCGGAGAAGUGCAUGCUUCUUCAGUGUAUACCUUGCGGCAGCAACUUUGGAGAUAAAGAACAGUUGCUGGUACAUGUUCAAGCCGUUCAUCCUUCUGAAUGCAAGACGCUAACAGUUGCUUCUGAGUCUCAAAACCCUGAAGCAAGUAACUCACAGAUCGUUGCGAGCCAAAACAUAGAGAGCACAAGUGGUGGUGUACAUAGAUAUGUAUGCAAGUUCUGCGGGUUGAAAUUCAAUUUAUUACCUGACCUUGGCCGUCACCAUCAGGCAGAACACAUGGGAGGACUAGUUACCUCUCGUGGUCCGAAAAAGGGGUUAAGGUUUAAUAGUACCUACAGGAUGAAGUCUGGUAGGCUAAGCCGUCCGAAUAAGUUCAAGAAGAGUCUCGGAGCUGUCUCGUAUAGUAGGAUUAGAAACCGAGCUGGUGUGAACAUGAAGAGGAGGAUAAUGCAAGAUUCUACUAAAUCAAAAACUGAAUCAUCACCGCCUCCUAGUGAUAGUACGAACUUCGAUAGAUCGGCAGAUGAUGAUGCUCAUUGCUCUUUGGUUUCCAACAUCUUGUUCUCGAAGAUUAAGAAAGCCAAACUUCGUCCUAAUAACCAAGAUAUCUUGUCUGCUGCUCGCUCAGCUUGCUGUAAGGUGAGCCUUGAGAACUCUAUGGAGGCUAAGUUCGGUGUUUUGCCUGAGAGGGUCUAUCUCAAGGCGGCGAAGCUCUGCGGCGAGCAUGGUGUGCAAUUGAUAUGGCAUCUGGAAGGUUACAUAUGCUCUAACGGAUGCAAGCCUUCUAAAGAACCAAAUCUUCUAUCUCCCUUGAUCCCAAGACAAGAGAACGAUCGAUCCAUGAUAGCUGAAGACGGCGGAGAAGCUUCUGAUAACGGUUUGGAAGUGGACGAGUGUCAUUGUAUCAUGGAGGCUCAUCAUUUUACUAAGAGACCUUUGGGAAAGACCAAUGUUCUGUGCAGUGACAUAAGCUUUGGUAAGGAACCAGUUCCGGUAUCUUGCGUGGUGGAUGAGGAUCUUUUGAAGCAGUGUGAGAAGAAGCCAUGGGAAUGUUUUACUUAUAUUACGAAACCAAUGCUUAAUCCUUCAGUGGAUCUUGCAAAGGAGAAACUGCAACUAAGGUGUGGCUGUCCUGGUUCAGUGUGCUCGCCUGUGACUUGUGAUCACGUGUACCUUUUCGGUAACGAUUUUGAGGAAUCUAGAGACAUAUAUGGGAAGUCCAUGAGGUGUAGAUUCCCAUAUGAUGACAAAGAACGGAUCAUUCUGGAGGAGGGUUAUCCUGUUUAUGAAUGCAAUGAGCUCUGUGGAUGCUCUAGAACAUGUCAUAAUCGUGUUCUGCAAAACGGAAUACGCACUAAACUUGAAGUUUUUAGGACAGAAAGCAAGGGAUGGGGAGUACGAGCUUGUGAGCAUAUACUACGUGGCACAUUCGUCUGCGAAUACAUUGGAGAAGUUCUUGAUCAGCAAGAAGCAAACAAGAGACGAACUCAGUAUGGAGAAGAUGGUUGCAGCUACAUACAUGAUGUUGAUGCUAACAUCAACGACAUUGGUAGAUUAAUUGAAGGAGAGACUGAUUUUGUUAUUGAUGCUACUACUCAUGGAAACGUCUCUCGAUUCAUCAACCACAGCUGCUCUCCGAAUCUUGUAACGUACCAAGUUGUUGUGGAAAGCAUGGAGUCCUCUCUUGCUCAUAUCGGUUUAUACGCCAGUACAGAUAUAGCUGCAGGAGAUGAGAUCACGCGAGACUAUGGACGCAGACCGUUAACAUCUGGACAAGAAAAUGGACAUCCAUGCCAUUGUAGAGCUACAUACUGCAGAGGUUGUUUCUUUUAGAUUUUGGUUUUUAAUAGGUUCAAUUCUUUGCAGAUUUGUUUCAGUAACUUCUUACAAGAUUUUACUUUUUUUUUUAUUUCCCAUUUGAAUCUUUAGACAGCUUCGGACUAUUUGAUUCUGCAAGUUUUUUUUUCA